UUGCUCAAUCUUUUCUAACUGCUCACACUAGCUAAUACAUUAUCAUAUACAAGUUAAGAUUUCACAAAAGAGCCAAGAAGAAGAACUAUGAGGAAGCGUCAAGUGGUGUUGAGGAGAGCAUCGCCUGAGGAGCCUUCUAGAAGCUCCUCGACGGCUUCCUCUCGGAUGGUAAGAGGUGUGAGAUACGGCGAGUGUCAGAAGAACCACGCCGCAGCAGUUGGAGGCUACGCCGUUGACGGCUGCCGGGAGUUCAUGGCAAGCAACGGAGAGGAAGGUACGGUGUCAGCGCUAACUUGCGCCGCCUGUGGUUGCCACCGCAGUUUCCACCGGAGAGAAACCGAGGUUGUUUGCGACUGUGAGUCACCUCCCUCGACUGGGAAUUAGACCAGCAAAACUAGAGCUGGCUAAAAAAUUGUUCCUGUCUUUGUGUUAUAUAUAUAUAUAUAUUUUUGUUUUGGAGCAAGUCUUUGUGUGUUAUAUAUUCUCAUAGGGUGAAACUGAAAAUAUUAUAGCUUUCUUAAUGUCAAGGAUUUGUGUCUAUUUAAGAAUUUUCAAAGUACACUUA